AUGUCCGACGAGUCCAAGAUCUUUUCACUCGUGGGACAGGGCCUAAAGCUCGAUACAAAGGCCGACAUCCAGCAACACCUCGAAAAACUCGAUCAGAUCACCGAUCUCGAAGAGAUUCACCUUGGAGGUAACACUCUUGGUGUCGAGGCAUGCCAAGCUCUGGCUGAUGUGCUGAAGAACAAAAAGACGCUCAAGAUUGCUGAUUUUGCCGACAUCUUUACAGGACGACUCAUCACCGAGAUCCCUGAUGCUCUCAGAGCCCUUUGCGAUGCUCUCACCGAUCACACUAGCCUUGUAGAGCUCAAUCUUUCCGACAAUGCCUUUGGCGGACGAUCUGCUGAGCCUAUGGUUAACUUUCUAAAAAACAACCACAGCUUUUCCGUCCUAAAGCUCAACAACAACGGUCUCGGCAUCACCGGCGGCACCAUCGUCGCCGAAGCUCUCUUCGAAGCCGCGCAGAAUCUCAAGACCAAGGGCUUGCAGUCGAAACUCCGCACCGUCAUCUGUGGACGUAAUCGCCUCGAGAACGGCUCGGCUCCCGUCUGGGCCAAGGCAUACGCAGCUCAUGGUGGUCUCACCGAGGUGCGCAUGUUCCAGAACGGUAUUCGCAUGGAAGGUAUCGAGGCCAUCAGCAAGGGCCUCGCCUCGUGUCCCAACCUCGAGGUUCUCGAUUUGCAGGACAACACUGCCACGCUCCGAGGUUCGCGCGCCAUUGCAGCUUGUCUGCCCAAGUGGCCCAAACUCAAGACACUCAACCUCUCCGACUGCCUCCUGAAGCCCAAGGGUGGUCGACUUGUGUUUGGCGCCCUCGCCGCCGGCAGCAAUCCCGCGCUCGAAACGAUCCAAGUUCAGUACUGCGAUCUCGACCGCCAGGUCCUCGACCAACUCGGAAGCGCCAUCGAGCUUCACCUGUCCAACUUGACCAAGCUCGACAUCAACGGCAACUGGGCUGACGAGGAAGACGAAUGCAUCGAAAAGAUCAAGAGCGCGCUUGCAAAGCACGGCCACGAGGAUGCUCUUCUCGAAUUGGACGAAAUGGAUCCUGAUGGCGAAGAGAGUGAGGCAGAAGAGGAGGAUGAAGACGAGGAAGAAGCUUCGGACGCGGAACCAGAGCCCAAGCCAACAUCGACUCUGACUAAAUCCGACGAGACUGACGAGCUUGCCGAUGCUCUCGCAAAGACCUCGGUAGCGGAUGAAAAGUAA